AUGCUCUGUACAGUCCCUAUCCAGAUCGCCAUGUCGCUCGUACCCCCUCGGCUUCUCAAUAAGAUCUUCCCAAAGAUCAUUACAGGUUCCCUCUUGCUACUAGUUGGUGUCUUUUUAAUAGGCAACGGUAUGCAAAACUGGGCUGGCUCCUCCAACUGUAAUGGCGGCGAGGGCUACUACGCGCUGUGUCCGAGCAUUGCCGCUCCGAAGCCACUUCCUUGGGCAGAUCCCAAGCUAAUAGGAUUGGGCUUCAGUGUCUUCUUUGCCAUUGUCUUGGUGGAGCAAUUUGGUGCUCCUCUCAUGAAAUCGUCAUCUAUUUUGGUCGGUCUCGCGGUGGGAUGUGCUAUCUCUGGUGCAACUGGAUAUUGGUCUCGCGAAAAUAUCGACGAUGCCCCUGUAGUCACUUUUCUCUGGGUUCAUACGUUCAAAUUUUCCGUCGAUGGAGCCCUCGUUCUUCCAUUACUCAUCAUGUUCAUCUGCCAGGGCGUGAGUUGUAUGCCGGACAUUCUCGCUACGGCUGAGAUAUCUGGGGUCGACGUCGAGGGCACCGAAUUCAAUAGUCGAAUCCAGGGUGGAAUUCUAUGCGAUGGUUUGGGCAGUCUGAUCAGUGCCCUAGGCACCGCGGGGCCUAUGGUUUCACAGGCCGGCAAUAACGGUGUCAUUAUCCUUACAGGAUGCGCGUCUCGUCGCGCCGGCUGGGCCGCCUCCGUAUUUUUGAUUCUCAUGGGCUUUUUUGCCAAAUUCGGCGCCGUCUUCUCGGCCAUGCCACCCUCGGUCCUUGGUGGGAUGCAAGUGUUCCUGUAUGGCACAAUCGUUGUAGCAGGUAUUCGAAUACUUGGAAUGGUCCAGUAUACCCGGCGGAAUCGGUUCAUUCUAGCCGUCGCGCUCAGCAUUGGAUUCAUCGACAUCGUCACCCCGACGUGGUUCAACCGGAUACUUGACUACAGCGGAUCAAACGUCCACCUGCAGGGCUUUGAGCAGGGUCUCAAUCUCGUUGUAGAGACCCCGUUCAUCGUUGCCGCCGUCAUCGGUGUCUUUCUGAAUCUCGUCUUCCCUGACGACAAGAGUGAGAUGGACGAGAUGAUGUUUGGCUCUGAUUCCAGAGGGAGCAUGGCAUCUCUUCCUCAGGUAGAGCACCGCAUGAACUCAUAG